UGUUCUUAUAAGAGUCAGAUCUGGCUGUCCUCUUGACUGCCUUCGCAGGCUCGUGCUGCGCUUGGACGGCGGUGACGUCCUACGAGAUUUAGUUGCCGGCAUGGACUUGCCUGGUGGCGGCACCAGUUGGAGUGCUGACGCUGACGAGGUCUUGUCUUCUUCUCUGCCGAUGGGGCUAGUUGGAGGACUGAAGGAUUAUGAAGGGCGCGAGGAUACAGGUGAAACAAUGCUCACUGGGAGGGGGCGCGGCUCGUCUGAUCUUGGCGGCGAAGGUAUGGGCGACUCCUGCGAGAUAGGCGAUACAGAAGUUGCAUCUGGCGCCGAGGAUAACGAUACAGUCGAAGAGGGCGUCGCAGUGUCAAACGCAAAUCAGUCUUGUUGGACCAAGAGGGUUAGAGUUGGGAAAGCGGCUGAUGUGAGGGAGCCCAGCUCUUCGAGGAUGACUGCCCUUGAAGCUUCUGUCCGUGCAUUUGUCGAUAAAAAAUCUGGAAAUGUUGUCAAUCCGUCUAUUGGGACUAGCUUUGAUUCUGUCGAAGAAGGCUACGAGUUUUACAAUCUAUAUUCAUGGGAGGUUGGUUUUGGUGUCCGCUAUGCAAAAAGCCGUUUGAAUGUACACCGGAAAAAGUGCAUGCAAGAGAUAGUGUGUGCCUGUGCGGGUAAGCCAUUGCAGGCCAACAGUCGGUCAACGAGGUGUGGCUGCAAUGCCAUGAUAAGACUGCUGAGGUCGGAUGAUGGUGGAUGGUAUGUAUGUGAGCACAGAUCCGAGCACAACCAUGCUUUAUCUGUCAUUUGUGGAGAGAAAUUGCACUGGAAGUCGCACCGACACAUAGAUACCUAUACGAGGGACCUGGUUAAGCAGUUGAGAGAGAAUAAUAUCAGCAUUAGCAAGGUGUAUAGUGUUGUAGGGAGUUUUUUUGGCACGAUUAGGGACGUGCCAUUCACGAAACGGUCCUUAAAAACACUAUGUGGAAAACUGAACCGGGAACAGUCGCUAAAUGAUGCAACAAAAACCAUAGAUGUGUUCAACGACAUGCGGGCAGAGGACCCAGAAUUUAAAUACAGUGUCCAGGUGGACACCGAGGGCAGAAUUAAGACACUGAUGUGGGCGACUGGUAGAGGCAUUGAGCAGUUCAAGUGUUUCGGUGAUGUUGUGACGUUUGAUACGACCUAUAAGACAAACCUGUACGACAUGCCAUUUGGCCUAUUUGUUGGUGUUAACAAUCAUUUCCAGAGUGUCAUUUUUGGAGGUGUACUGAUCAGUGAUGAGAAGGUGGAGACUUUCAAGUGGAUAUUCACAGAGUUCUUCCAAAUGCUAGCAGCGCCACAGCCUAAAACUAUCUUAACAGACCAAGCUCGUUCGAUGGAAAUUGCAAUAGCUGACGUGAUGCUGCGGACUGUACAUCGUUGGUGCAAAUGGCACGUACUGAAGAAAGCAAAGGAGAGCCUUGGAGCACUGCUUGCAAAGGGGAGUGAAUUCAAGCCAGAGUUCAGCAAACUAGUCCACCACGCAGUUAGUAUUGAUGAGUUCGAGAAUGGGUGGGCUUGCAUGUUGGAGAAAUAUGGGCUGCAAAAAAAUGCAUUCCUGGCCCAGCUGUACGAGGUGAGGGGGAAGUGGGCAAAGCCAUACUUUAUGGGUGUAUUCUGUGCGAAAAUGACAAGCACACAACGAAGCGAGAGUGCAAACCACCUUCUGAAAGGAUAUGUGCCACCGGGGUGCCCCAUGCACUUGUUCAUCAGGCAAUAUGAGAAGAUGCAAUUUGACCGCGAUUUCGAAGAAAGUUACCAAGAGAAAAGGACAAAACUGGGUGGGGUUGUCCUGAAGCAAAAUAUCCCAAUUGAGGUACAUGCGUCGGAGGUGUACACCAGGACAAUGUUUGAGAAAUUUGGUGAAGUGUUGUAUGGAUGUGGAUCUUAUGACCUAAUAGAAGUCAAGCCACGCUUGGAGUACAUUGCUAGGCACAUCAAAUUCCAGUCAAGGGAAAAAUGGUGCAAGAACGAGUUUGUGAUCACUGUGAGCGAGGCAGCCGACGAGUUCAAGUGUGAGUGUGGGACGUUUGAGCACUAUGGAAUGGUGUGCAGCCAUGCACUUAAGGUGAUGAUACACCUAAAACUGCGUGAGCUCCCUGCGAAGCAUGUGCUGAAGCGAUGGACAAAAGACGCGAGAGAUAUACUGCCGCCAGAGUAUUUGCGCUACCAAAAGGAUCAUGGGCCGCUCAAGUAUUCCUCUCACCGACACAACACUUUAUACCUCUUGGCGCUGGAUGUUGUUAAGUUAGGUGACAGCAAUGUGGAAGCAUAUGCUCUUGCUGAGGAAAAACUGCGACAUGUCAAAGUGCAGCUGGAGCCAGUUGCUGCUGUGAGGGAUGGACUUGGGUUGUCUGAUAAGGAGCUGGCCGCAGAUUCAGCGGGUUCCGGCGUUGGUAACAAGCAGCACUUUGGUCGACCUGAGUCUGAGCACACCAUUUCACAGGGAUCGGAUGUGUUCCCAGCUGCAUCAAAGAAGUGGCUGGCUGGGCGCCCUACAACCAGCCGUGACAAGGCUCCAUAUGAACAACCAUCAAAGAGGACUAGGUUUUGUUCAAUAUGCAGACUUCAGGGGCACAAGAGCACGACAUGCCCUGCAAGGGGUGAUGUGCCAAAGGCGCCCCGGAAAUCUCCUCGCUGCUCAAAAUGUGGUUUGACCGGGCAUAGGAAGAACACAUGCAGCAACCCCCCGAAAGUAUGAAAAUUCAGAAAUUUUAGUGUUUUUUUCAUUGUUAUCCUGAUGGUAUGCAUUUGUCUAUGUGACCCCUCUGCUGUUAGAAGCCAUACCUAAUUUGAACAUCUAGAAAAGCGAGGGUCGUGCACUGUGUCUGGCACUAUCUGUUUGCUUAUGAUGUCGACUCAUCUCAGGCUGUUGACACAUUUGUAUAAUUUCCUGUCUUAAGUCAAUUAGAAAAAAAUCGUG